AAUUCACUCAAUUCUGCGAUUUAUGUCUAUGGCUACGCCGCUGCCGCUGGCGCUCUAUUUUCACUCGCGGGUGGGCCAACCGUCACCUUCAAACCCUUCACAAAGAACCCUUAGAGGGGCCCCCAAAUGGGCCCCCAGAGGGCCCCCGAAGGGACGGACAAGAAGGGCCUGCAGGGGACCCCCAAGAGGCCCAGGAUAGUAGCCAGGGGGCCCCCAGUCAGAAGGAGGGGCCCCAUGGGGCCCCCGAAGGCCCCAUUAGGGAAUCUGAAUGUAAUAUUGAAGAGACCCUUAAGAUAGGGGCCCUCAAAUGCUUAAAUGAGGGGCCCCCUCUGCUGCAAUGGAUUCGCUCGCGUUGCCUCCUUCUUGUGGGUGUUGCGGCGCUGCUCGUCUUCAGUCAAGCAAACUUGACGGGGCCACCCUUCAGUCCCUGCAAAGCAACAGAGUUAGUAGAUAUAAAACGAGAGGAAGAAGGGAGAGCGAAGCAUCCAGAUCUAUACCCCCCUAAACCAUCAGCAGCAGCAGCAGCAGCAGCAGCAGGAGCAGCAGCAGGAGCAGCAGCAGCAGGUGUUGGAGUUUCUGGAUGUAGUUGCUGCUGCGUGUACUGCGGCUUCUGCCCUCGAGAGGAGGCUGCAGCAGCAGUAGCAGCAGCAGCAGCAGCAGCAACAGCAACAGCAAAGCAGCGGCGCUGCUACUGUGAAUUAUCUCUAAAACAAUUUUGUGUCUUAGGAGACCCCGAAGAGGCAGCAAAUAAAACAAGAGAGAGGCUGGUCUUCAUUCAGCCCUUUCUCACAGUUGACGGCGAGCCUGUAUACGAAGGUGUUCGUGGCGUUGCAUAUCUGUGGUUUGCGCAUUUAGUGUUUGAGGGUUUGCGCAGCCAUGGGCAGUCGAAUGCAGCAACUGCUGCAGCAGCAGCAGCAGCUGCUGCUGCUGCUGCAGCACCUGCUUCACCUGCAUCAGCAGCAGCAGCAGCAGCAGCAGCCUUACCUCAAGAAGCAAUAGGGGUUGGGGGCCCCUUCAGUUUGUUUCUGCUGCCUGCUGAGUUUAGCUGCACAUCUUUAGAAGCAAGAGGCGUGGAGUGUAUGUUGAGGGCUGGCGACUUCGGAAGAAAAACUGAUAAAGAAGCUCGAGACUUUUUAAAUGAUGUUUCUUUCUUGUUGCUUGAUGAACAAAGCAAAUUCAUUAUGCUGCCUCCCCUUAAGCGGCCUCCCCUCUCUGCUGCUGCUGCUGCUGCUGCUGAGGGGGGUGCUGGAGGUGAUGCUGACCGCAAGGUUCCACCUGAUGCUGCAGCUGGAGGUGCAGAAGCAGCAGCAGCAGCAGCAGCAGAUGCAACAGCAGCAGCAGAUGCAGCAGCAGAGAAGCAAACAGAACGACUACUGCUGCGCUUCUCAGAUAACGACCCAAGCCGCCUAGAUCUCGCUUACCUUCUCCCAGACCCAGCAUGGAUGACAAUCCGCGACAAGACUUUGUUGCUGCUGGAGCUGGGACUUCGGCUGGCGGUUUUGGGGCGGGUGGAGGUGUUUGACGCUGUGAACAAGAUGGCUUGCGAGACAUACGGGGUGGAGUUUACUCUCACGGGUGCGCUGGGCGUACGGCGGAGGUAUCAGCAGCAGGCGCUGCCGCAGCUGGUAGUUGGGGCCUCACACAGCACAGGACAAGGGUUUGCUGCUGCUGCUGCUGCUCCUGCUUCUGCUCCUGCUGCUGCUGCAGCAGCAGCAGAUAAACGCGGAACAGGGGAGUGUAGGGCCCUCUCAUUACCAUCCGAAGAAGGGCCUUUCACCGGACACACGGCCAAACACACCGGCAGCAAAAGCAGCAGCAGCAACAGCAGCAACAACAACAGCAGCAGCAGCAGCAACAGCAGCAACAACAACAGCAACAGCAAUGAGGAGCCUUCUGCGGAUUCUUCUGAGGCCCCACAGGCGCCAGAAGAACCCAGGAGGGUGUGGAGACUCGAAGACGUUCGUGAAGACAACGACAUCAUGGAAAUGCCCAAACUUGAACAGGGAGCGGAUCGCGAGUCUUUUGAGAAACCCCUUGGAGUUGUUGAGCAGGCGCUGCUCCUCGCCAAAUCCCGGGCGAUAAUUGAAAGCAACCCUUGCAACGACCCGUUAGCAUUGGAGGAGGUUGCAGCGGUGGUGUCUCGCGCAUUGGUGCUGCCUCCCCCCAUCAGCAGCAGCAGCAGCAGCAGCAGCAGCAGCAGCAAGAACCAGGCGUAUUACAGGCGUCGUUUGGAGGUUUUAUCUAAACAACCGGACUACUUGUUUGUUGCUGAACCCGAGUGUAUUGUCUCUGCCCCUGAUUGGAGUGUCUUUUCUUCGGGGUUGCUGCUGCGCUGUCGCGCGGAGUUUCACAGAGUAAAGACAGUAGAAAGAGCAGUGCUGCAGCUGCAUGCGCUUAGAGAGCAGCUUGAUGAUGCGGACCCACCGGCUUGCUUCCGCCUCUUCGGCUUGCUUUUUCACGCGGACCUCCUCAAUUGGUGGGAGCUGCAGCGCGAAGUUGCUGUAAGAAUGAUGCGUAUCGGCGCUACCAUUACGGCUGCUGAGAAGUUCACGGAGCUGCAGAUGUGGGAGGAGGCAGCCGAUUGUCUGGUGGCCGCCGACCGGCGAGCGGAUGCUCGAGACCUU